CUAUGUAUCUAACUUUAACAUAUCACAUUGGUAGGAGCUCUGUCAGACUGAACAUGCAAUUGUGGCUAUUACUUUUAGCUGUGGGAAGCCUGGGGCUUAUAAGCUGCACAGGAUUUGACAAUGAAACUGCCCUAAACGCUGACGAUUUUGCGAAGUAUGAAGACUGCGAUGACAUUCUAAAGAGAGGGCAGUACCAACAGCCAGGGCCGUAUCUUGUCUACCUCAACUCGUCUGAACCAAUCACUGUUUACUGCGACUUUGACGUGAAUACUGGCAGGCUGGUAAUCAUGCAGCAAAAGUACGGCCGUGUAUCGUUCAGGAUGCCGUACGUGCAUUACACCUCUAGUUUCGGCAGUCUUAGCGGGGGCGAUUUCUGGGUUGGACUGCACAAUAUGUGGAGUUGCUCAAUGAAUGGCUACACCGUGUUGACACUGACGAUGCAGGAUUGGUCGAACCAGAUCAAGCGUGUACGCUACAAUCACUUUUCUGUUGGCAAUGCUAACAGUAUGUACCGGCUCUCUAUCGGUGGAUACGACUCAGCGAACUCUGACCUCCCAGAUGACCUCUACCACAACAACGGCAUGCCUUUUGCGACGUUUGACAAACCGGACACUCAUAAUUGUGCUCAAAAUCAGGGCGGAGGUUGGUGGUAUAACUACUGCACGUUCGCUCUGCCCACUGGUCACUACUACCCUGGAGGGCCCUACACACCACCCAGAAAGUUUUACAAUGGCAUCUACUACAAGGACUGGCAUGGUUUCGGUUACUCCCUGAAAUACAUCAAAAUGGAACUGUCCCGUUACUAGAUGGAUACAUUAAAGGGACUAGACACCGGAUGAUACACCUGCCAAAAAAAAUAUGACAAAAAACUUACAUAAAAUGGACAUGGUUGUGUACAAUGCACUGAUUCUUACUUACUGUUUUAUCACAUCGCUUACGAAACAUGCAUCUUUCACAGUUUUUGCGCAUUUUUCCAAAUCGAAAUUUACUGGGUUUAAAUAGCGUCGGUAUAUUAAUCUGUACUCAUAAACAGAUAUGAUUUGAACUGGGAAACUAGAAUGCGCUAUUUGUAAACGGCGAAACAGCAACAUAAUUGUUGCGCUUAUAUUUUUAAUCAAGUAAAAUCGGCCUCAUAAUAGUUCGCAAUGACAAUUCUAGGCUAGUUUUGAGGACAUACUGUAUUUGCCGAUUGUUGAACCAUCUGGUGUCCAGUCCCUUUAAUAUUUGCUGUUAUUAACUCCCUCCCAUCCCAUCUCCAUUGCGUACGAAUUUGCCUAAAAAUGAAAUCCUCAUCAUUAGCAGAAAAAGACUCCUUUAAAAAAUGUAAAAUGAUUUUUAAGAAAAAGGUAUUCACAGUGUGCAGCUUAAACGUCCUGUAAACAAACAGUGUGUCUAUACCACGUGAUAAAUGACGUCAUAUAUGCUACGUCGGAAGGCAAUAUUUUGCUUAAAAUAAAGACUUAAAUCAAAGAUAACGUUUUGCUCACUACACCAUUUAAAAUGAAACAAAGGCCAGUCUAUGCCGCUUAAAGAGCCCCACCUUUGUUUUAUAACCGGAGUUUGAUAAGAUGAUUAGUUUCAUCAAACACUUUGACAAACCUGUCUCCAAAACAAUAGUUUGACAGUGCUCCGUCAGACGGCCGUAUCGUGAAAAGGUUUGUCGAAGUGUUUUAAGAAACUAAACUCUCAGUCAAAAUUUGGUAAAAGACCGAAGGCGGGGCUCCGUAAGCGGCAUAGACUGCGCUAUUUUUCAUUUAAAAUGGUAAAUAAAAUGAAAAGUUAUCAUUGUUUUAAGUCUUCAAUCGAAGCAAACUAUAGCCUUCCGACGUAGCAUUUAUGACGCAAUUUAUCACGUGGUAUACGCACACUGACAAAUGAUAAUUUAUAAAUGGCGCAUUUCAAUCGGGAGAAAAGGAUGGGUGUUCUGGCGAACCUUUCUGAAACUAUAUUUAUAUAUCACGUUGUUUCCUCGUAUUUAAAAAGACUUUUUUCUUGCAGUCUUGAUAGAGUCAUACAUUUCCUUUUGAUGUAACAUACAAAGUUCAGGGACACUUCAGUGUGUGUAUUCCAGCAUUCAGCCACAGACUUCAGCAUAAAUUUGACGUAUUCGUAACGAUUACGUAUUAUAAAUUGUUAUUUAAGAUGUUAAUAUCUACCGAAAGUUUAUGCAAUAAGAUUGUCAAAAAUAUGUUUAUAUUCCCAACUAUGUAUCGUCAGUAUUUUCUUAAUAAACAAGCUUACCACUGA